CACCUGCCUGCAAAGCCACAGCCUGCCUGAACAAGCUGUGCUUUUGGCCACCCACCUCUUGCUGCUGCUGUGGGCUCAGCAUUCUGGGGGGAAAGUGGCACAGAAAAGCAUUUAUCUCUCUCCUUGUAGCGCUGCCUGCAGGCAUUGGGGGUGGCUCCACAAAGGGACUCUCAGCAGAAGGGCUGUCAGGGAGAGAGGUGCCCAUAUCUCAGCGAAGGCAGUCCCUCUGCUGUAGAGCCGCCUUGGCCAAGGAGCCUUCCUUGGGAUGGGCUUGGCUGACACCAGCAUGGGACACCUGUCUGGACAACACCUACUUCAUCCAUUCACGUUGCGUUCCUGUUCCCGCAGGGUGGCCGGCAAGUUACCUGAGGCCAACCUCCUCCUCCUCCGAACCUUGCUCAGCCUGCUCCACAAGAUCAGCACCAAUGUCCCUGUCACCAAGAUGACUGCCAGGAACCUGGCCAUCUGCGUGGGGCCCAACCUCCUCAGCCCACCCGAGGAGGACACGCUGGCCCUGGAUGUCCUGAUGCAGGUGACAGGGAAGGUGACAGAGCUGGUUGAGUUCCUCAUCCAACACCAUGAGGAACUCUUUGAGGAGCAGGAGGAGGAGGAGGAGGCUGAGAUUCCAGGAGCACCGGCCGAGGCUGAACUUGCCAGCCAACAGGCCGAGGAGUCACCGGCACCAGAAGAAGAAGGAGAAACUGCCGAGGUAUGUGAGGUCCACACAGAGCGUGAGAGAAUGCCUCCCUACGCAGAAGGUGGGAUUGCCACUGUAGGGACUCUUUGUGCAGUGAUCCCAGCAGAAGUGGCACAGCUGGGCUGAGCAAACCCAUCCAAGGGAUGUGCCUUUUAGAGCUGAGAUGGAGAGUGUGCAGGUGUCAUCUUCUAUGUUUCUAUUGCAGGUGCCUCCAGUUCCUCACGAAUGUGAACCCCAGGAGAGCACCUCUGGGCAGAACAGGUUACAUGAGCUAGCUUUGAUGAAGAGUAGAAUUGAUUCAUGGUGAUCAGGGCUGUGCCUGUCUAACAAUCUUCCUGAAUGGACAGGUGUCCAAGCUCUUCGCAGCAAGGGGAAACACCAUCCCCCAGGAAGAGAAAGCACAGCUGCGAAGAGGAGGUCGGUGGCCCGCCACCCAAGCGAUGCCGAAAGCUGUGAACAGAGAGCUCAGCGAUGGGUAAGUGAGACCACCCAAGCAGGGUGAGAAGACCAAGGA